AUGGCGUCUUCGGCUGCACUCGCACCCUACCAAGCCGAAUACAUUGAAUUGGCAUUGAAGUGGGAUAUCAUUCGUUUUGGUGGUCCUUACACGCUGAAGUCCGGACGCCAAUCGCCAUAUUUCUUCAAUGCUGGUCUUUUUGACACGGGCCUGAAGCUCCAAAAAAUGGCGGAGUGCUACGCGGACUGUAUCGUGGAGAGCGGCAUUGAAUUUGAUAUGAUGUUUGGGCCAGCAUACAAGGGCAUUCCGCUUGUCGCGGCUACGGCAAUGGCGCUUGCCAAGAAUCACGGAAAAGACGUGCCGUUUUGCUUCAAUCGCAAAGAGGCGAAAACUCACGGAGAAGGUGGCAAUUUGGUUGGCGCGCCAUUGAGAGGACGUGUACUGGUGAUUGACGACGUGAUUACUGCAGGAACCGCAAUUAACGAGGCUGUUGUGAUCAUUAACUCACAGCACAAUGCACGAUUGACGGCGGUAGUGAUUGCACUUGAUCGUCAGGAGCGUGCAUCGGAAGAGAGCAAUGAGAGCGCCAUUAUGCAAGUGGAGCAGCGUCUUGGUGUGAAAGUGUACAGUGUGGUGACGCUGAGCCAGAUUAUCGAGCACAUGAAGCACACGAGAGGCGAGGAGACGAAAGACGACAUUGAAGGCAUGCUUGCUUAUCGUGAAAAAUAUGGGUGCAUUAGCUAA